UGCCCUCCCUGUGUUUCCUUAGCCCCUGUGAGAAUGGGGCUACCUGUGAGGACCUUGGCGGGGACUACGCUUGCAUGUGUCCCGUAGGCUAUGUAGGAAAACACUGCCAGUCAGAGGUUGACUGUGGUAUCCCCAGUGAGGUGAAGCACGGCCAGGCCUCUUUUAACUCCACCAAGGUGGGAUCGCUGGCUGAGUACCAGUGUGAGCUGGGCUAUACCCUCAGUCAGCACAACCACCCCCGCAUCUGCCACUUGCCAGGCGUCUGGAGCGACCCCCCCGAAUGUGAUGAGAUCGACGAGUGCUGGUCCCAGCCCUGUCUGAACGGCGGCCGGUGCAAGGACCGCGUCGCCGAGUUCCUGUGCUUGUGUGAGCCAGGUUACACGGGCCACUACUGCGAGCUGGAUGUUGACGAGUGCCAGUCAGAACCCUGUAAGAAUGGUGGGACCUGCCAGGACCUCCCUGGGUCCUUCGUCUGCCACUGUCCUGAAGGCGUUGUGGGGACCCAGUGUGAGACAGAAGUGGAUGCCUGUGAGUCGGGCCCUUGCCAAAACGGAGGGGAGUGCAAGAGCUACAGAGGCUCCUUCCUCUGCGUGUGCCCGGAGGGUUUCUUUGGCUACCACUGUGAGACAGGUGAGGUGGGCAGGGUGGCUUGGUGUGGGGUGGCAGUCGGCUCUGCUGGCGCUGCUGAGCCUGGCACCUCUCCUGCAGCCAGCGACCCGUGCUUCUCCAGCCCCUGCGGGAGCAGAGGCUACUGCCUGCCCAGCAAUGGCACCCACAGCUGCACCUGCAAAGUCAGCUACACAGGCAAGAGCUGCGAAAAAGAAUUGCUGCCACCAACCUCAUUAAAGGUGGAAAGGGUGGAGGACACUGGUGUGUUGAUUUCUUGGCACCCACCUGAGGACGCAGCCGCCAGGCAACUCAUUGACGGCUACGCCGUGACGUACGUAUCCCUCGACGGCUCUUACCGCAGGACAGAUUUUGUGGACCGAAGUCGUUCUGCCCACCAAUUGCGGGCACUAGCCUCCGGCAGAGCCUACAAUAUUUCUGUCUUUUCAGUCAAACGCAACGUGAACAACAAGAAUGAUAUCAGCAGGCCCAUCAUGCUCACCACACGCACUAGACCUCGUCCAGUGGAAGGCUUUGAGAUCACGAAUGUGACGGCCAGCACCAUCACGGUGCAGUGGGCUCUGCCCCGGCUCUCGCCCUCGGCUGUCAGCAGGGUGCGCGUCGCCGUGCGCCAGCCGGGCGACCUGGCGGACCGCACCGUGGAGCUGAACAGCAGCGUGGCCAAGUACACCUUCCUGGACCUGCAGCCAGGAGAGAGGUACAUUUUCCAUGUCACAGCACUGAGCGGCCUGGGGACAGAAGACCACCCCUCAGAGAGUCUGGCCACGGCCCCUUUCCACGUAUGGACGAGGCCUCUCCCCCCCCAAAACCUUACCGCCUCCCGCGUUACUGCCACCUCGGUGUUGCUGGUGUGGGAGCAGCCGCCCGCCGGGGCUGCCGAGGGCUACAUCAUCAACGUCACCACUGCCCAGAGCGUGAAGAGCCGCUACGUGCCCAACGGGAAGCUCGUGUCCUACGCGGUGCGGGACCUGCUCCCGGGGCAGCAGUACCGCCUGUCCGUGACGGCCGUGCAGAACACGGAGCAGGGCCAAGUGCACAGCGAGCCCAUCCACCUCUACGUCACCACCUUGCAGAGGGACGGGGUUCCAGAGAGAAGGUGGAGCCAGGGUGGGCAUCCCCGGGCCCUGGGCAACAGGCUGCCCCCGGCGUUCCUGCCCGAGCUCCGCUUGCUGGCGGAUCACGACGCAGCCGAGGACCCCUCGCCAGCCCCGAGGUUCACUGAGCUGGUGGAUGGCAGAGGGAAGAUCAGUGCCAGGUUCGGCAUUGUGCUGGGCAAAUCCAUCACCAUGAAGACACAGCCAGAGGCUCCAGUGAAGCUGGAGAACACGGAGGCGUCCAGCCGGGGCAGCCUGGCGCUGCAGCUGCGCGAGGCAAGGAGCAAGAGCGAGGGGCGGGGCUGCUCCGUGAACCCCUGUAGGAACGGGGGCACCUGCACCAGGGCUGCCGGGUCUUACCACUGCGACUGCCGCCCGGGAUUCAAGGGCCAGCUCUGCGAGCUGGCCUGCAAGAAGGUGCCACACUCGUGCACGCGGCUGUACUCGGAAACCAAGUCAUUCCCCGUGUGGGAAGGACGCACCUGCCACUACCUGUACAGGAGAAUCUACAAGGUACACCAGGAUGUCUGCUACAAGGAGAGCUGCAAGAGCACCGUUCCUGAGAAGACAGCCAACAGAAAACCAAGCAACAGUCACACACUGAAGAAGCCAUAG